AUGCCCCAAUCUCCGGGAUUCUCGACUGUCCCAUGUGUUCAAUUUGCCCUUGGGUCAUCAGUUUUGACUGCUGCUGAACGUUUGGCCUAUCUUCCUGGUAGUGGAGCAGUUACAUGGGCCUCUAUUUAAUGCUUCAUUGAGGCCACAUCUUUUUGUUAAUAGUCCUGAUCAAAUUUCUCGGAUUAUUCUUUGAAUUUCUUUCUCUUCCUAUCGGCAUCUAACAAAUACGAUAACAUAUUCAUCCAUAUUGCUUUCCAAUGAAUUUUUCCAACAAAUUUAUUGAUGUCUGGAAUUCGAAGUUCGAUGGAGCCCAUACACCACCACGUUUAGACUGUCUUAAAGCUGACCAGUUCCGUUCUUUACUCGAGCAAAAACAAGCCUUAGAGUUUGAGGAAUCUAAACGAUGUGCAGUGAUUGAAGAGCUGAAACAACAGCUGGACCAAGAAAGCUUUAUAACGGAAUUCUUACACAAAUGCAUUCAAAAACUUGGGGCUGUUUCUCAUGUGUUUAAUGAAAUUGAUCAAAGUGACUCGAAAUCCUCCUCCUCCAGCACGACUGCCGGUCAGCAUCAGAGUCAGUGUAGUUCACCCCCUCUGGCUGUCAGCACUAGCUCGUCUUUGCAAAGUAACAAAUUCCUCGCUUCUGCGGCCAGCUCUAGCUUUCCUCUGUUUCCCCAUUGUAUCGCCUCAAGCUUGAUCCACUCCGCUUCCCCACUUCUGGCUGCAGCAGCAGCAGCGGCACCAUCUUCUCCAUUUCUCUUGCCAUCCUCUCUGUCGGCAUGUUCCGCAUUUGAAUCCAUCAAGCCCGAUCCCGACCCGGAACCUUUAAAUAGUCGACCGUCAAGUUUCCUGUUACCCCCUGCCGAUCGCUCUUCCUACGACGCACUGACCCGGUUGGCCGUUCCAACGUCACUGUACAACAAUCCUUUCAGUAACCGACUGACUUUCUCCCCCAAUCUCACAUCUCACACGCCAACGCUACGUUCUCAACCUUCUUCCCUCGACGCGUGUGCCAAGGCAAACUGCACCUUAGAUCGACGAUGCGACCCUCCCAAUAUCCAAGCUACUGCGUCUGAGGCACAAGCGCAGGCUGCGGCCGCUGUUGCUGCCGCUUUUGGUUUCGGAUUUCCCCCAGUCAUAUCCGGUUCGAACCCAACAAAUCAGCUUUCCAACUUUAACAAACCAGACACACAGGCCGGUGGAAACAACCUUGUCUCGGGUAUUCACUCCGUAUAUCUACCCACAAACGGUACAGACGGCAAAGAACUCUCAAUGGAAGCAAGCACGGAGCGUCCGUAUCAAUGUGUCACAUGUUCACGUAGCUUUGCUGUGAAAGCUGGUCUUGUGCAGCAUAUGCGAACCCAUACGGAUGAGCGGCCGUAUCCUUGUGUUCACUGUGGUCGAGCGUUUAAACAAAAAAUACAACUCACAACUCAUAUGCGCGUACACAGUGGCGAGCGGCCAUACGGCUGUCGCUUAUGCGGUAAACUGUUUCGGCAGCAAAGCCAUGUGGUGCAGCAUUUACGCACUCACACUGGGGAGAAGCCGCAUAAGUGUUACCAAUGUGGUAAAGCUUUUCGGCAGAAAUACAGCCUCAUUUCUCAUCAGCGGCGGAUGUGUAGAAAUAGAGCGGCAUCCAACCCCAUUGCUGCCGGCAUGACAAUGUGGAUCAGCCCUGGUGCAGGUGGUGAUACCUGCAACUUAGUGAAAGAAUUUUCUCCGGCUAAGUCUGUUUCGCUUACCAAGUCUGUAACCAGCCCAAAUACCUCUGUGCCCACACCUAUCUCAGUCACCACACCAGUUUCCUCACCUUACUCCCCUUAUCUAGGCUCUCCAUCUGUUCCGGUCAAUUCCACUUCAAUGGGGCUCGCUGCUUUCCCCAGUAUCUCUACCACAAGCUCAGCCACCACCAACUUUCAUCUUCCUAAUGAGCAUCAUCAUGACGCGCGUCACUUGUCUUUCUCCUCCAACGGCGCUACAACUGCGCUCUCUCGUUCAACGAGCUACCGGUACGGGCCAUCCACCCUGCGGGAAUCCAGCAACUCCACACAAAGCCACACUGCGACGCAGUUGGACUCUGAAGAAGAGGAGGACGAGGAGGAGGAGGAGGAUGAGGAAGAAGGGGACGGUGAGGAGGAAGAAGAAGAGGAGGGAGGCUGUUCUCAUAGGCCUCAGCUAGGCACAACUCAUCAGUCCACUGCACUGGGUUUAAGUUAGCUCAGUUUUAUCGUCAGCGUGUUGGGUAUCUAGGUGGUCUAUUUUUCAAAUGGGCACACAAUGUUUACCUUGACCUCAUCAAAACGCCCCACACUGAUUGUCUCUCAUUCAUCCAUAAAAUGAGUGUGAUAGAUAGCCAAUGUGUGCGCGCACGUGUGCUCGUAAGCUUGUGUGAUACAGCACUUGGUGUGCUAUGCAGUCAAAUUCGCAUAUGUUGCAUCUACCCGGUUCACACUAGAAAUGAUAUGAAUGCAUACUACUUUUUUACUCCCCUGUACCCUUCCAUACGUGCGCAUACCUACUACAUUUUACUUACCAGCCUGAAACUAAGACUAACCAUAAAUGACGUCCAAUUCAUCGUGCCACAUCCAGAACAUACUUUUAGAGGCUAUCUCUUUUCCUCAUUGUAUGCAUCUUGUUAUUUGAUGCUGAAGUUGUGAUCCCACCCUCUUGGGCUCCUUACUUCCCUCUCAAUCCAAACCCUUCCUUCAGUUCUUUUUUCUGACUCAUCUAGACUGUAUCAAAUCCCUUUGCUUUUGGGCAAGACGGUUUUAGUUUACACCAAACAGACGCAUUUUGUCCAUUGCACAUUUGUUCACCAUUGUCUGAACUUCAUUUAGAUUCAUUCUUUCGACCAAUCACUUGGCCCGUCUUUUUACCUUUGCAUGAACUCAACUGAGCUCCCUGGUGGGUUGUUCACUUGCUUGGCCACGUAUCGUCAUCUACUUACAGAGCUUUUGUCACUGCUCUUGCGCCGUUUCACGUUCCUACUGUUGUGGGAGAUCUCGCUUUUACUCCUUGUAAAUUGUUUUCAGCCCACAUUGUCUCUUAUCUGUCUGUCCUCGUCGUUACUCGACGUAAUAUUUUUUUCUUAGCUCGUCAUGUCUCCGUUUUUGAUUUCGAGCCGGAAGGGGCAGGUUCGGAUGUGCGCCAAAUGCUUAAUACACCAACGAUAGGUCCCACUGACAAACCUUUUCGGCAGGAUCACAUAUUCACUGUGCGUUUAUUUGUUUUAUAGAUACAAGUCUCGUCCCUGUGGCCCUCUUAGGAGAUGGCCUGCUGACCUUUCGAGUCUAUCUUCUUUGGCGCAGUAUCUGUUGGUGGUGACCAUCUUUCUUUGCUCUUCAGCGCAUUUAAUGCUUCCUGUAUUUUACAAUUCCUUUAGUCUUGUGAUCCUCCGGCAGAUGAUCGUCGAUGUAUGAAUCAAAUACAGAACAAAGGACUGAUGGGAUAAGCCUAAUCUACUUACCUACAACGUGCUCAGUUCUCCAUCGGUUUCGCCUAUCCGUAGCUACCGCAUUGAUUGCACAUUCCAAUAUCAUAUCUUGCUUGCGUGCAUUCGUUGACCGUUUAAGCAAUGAAACCUGCGUUUUUUUAACCUUCACUCGCUCUCUUACACCGACAUGUGUCGCGGGACUAUGCUCCUUCCUGCACCUCAAGUUUCUCUGCGACAGUCAUGAUCACCAUUCUACUCAUUAGCUAGUGGUAAGGAACACCCCAGGUAUUGUGUCGCAUUACAAUUCAAUCAGGUGAC